CUUAAGAUGGAGGAAAAAGAAAACACUGCUGGAGAUCUAAAAGAGUUAAAAAGGCAUUUAAUACAAGAAGAACAACUAUCAAGCAUGAGUAUUGAAGAGAAAGAGGAAGAACUUUUGGAUGCUGACGUUGAUAAUUCAAUGUAUGCCAGUCCUUGGCAGUGGAUCCCUCUCUCGAUUCUGACAGCAAUAAUCAUUGCAACAGCAAAUGUAAUUGUGACCUCAAUAGCAAAGUUCACAUACAAGAUCAGAGUAAUCCAAGCUCCUGGAAGUGUUUUAUCAUGCAGUAUUCUUCUCACAAUUGUUUCGAUAUAUGAUUACAUUAGUGGAAGGCCCAACUGGUUUAAAAGACUAUAUUACGAGCAUCCUCAUCAUAGUUUAAAGAAUCAAAGCAUUAGAUAUCCAAGAGUCGCUCUUACAAUUGGUUGUGUGUUUGUUUUCCCUAUUCAGUUCUACACAUUUACAAUGAGUUAUUUCUAUGCAAACAAGGCUGGAAUAAACAAUGGGGUUAUCAUGGUAAUCGUCACCCUAAAGCCGAUAAUCAAUGCUAUUGCCUUCAGGUUCUUAUUUUAUCAAAAGCUCGGAUCUUUUGAAGUCAUCGGGAUUUUAUUCUCUACAAUUUCUAUCAUUAUUAUUGGCUUUUCAGAAAACUCAGAAAGUGAAGAGCACAAAGGAUUCUAUUUGUUAAUCUCUAUGGUGCUUUUGUUCAUAGCUGUGUUCUUAGAAGCUUUAAUUGGUAUUGUUGCAAAGUAUUUCCUUGCUUUUAAAGACAACAAAACAAACGUGUCCUCUUUUUACUCUUUAUUUAUUGGAAUAAUUGACUCCAUCUGUGUUGUCAUCUUUAUUGUCCUUUUGAAUACAGGAUUGGAUAUUACUUGGAAAGAGUUCUUCCUUGCUCAAUUAUUGAGCAUCCUGUAUGCAAUUGCUCAAUUCACAAUGGCCUUUUCCAUCCUAAAAGGCAAAGGUGGAACAGCAAGUGCUCUGAUAGAAACUAUAGGGGUGUACCAAACAAUUAUUGAAGCUGUAGUUUACUCGAGGUUCCCAAAUGCAUGGCAAAUUAUUGGAAUGGUGAUAGCAUUUUCAGGAUCUAUUUUAGUAAUUCUAGGGUAUCACUUCUCAAGAAAGUAAUUGAGGGAUAAAAAUUCGAUUUGCUAUUUU